GCCCAGCCGCGCGCGCCGGGCGGCCAUUGGUUCCCCACCGGAAGGGGAGGGGGCGAGGAUCAUGGCGGCGGCGCUGCGGGCCUUUCUUACUAUUCCUCAAAUAAGCCUGGUCGCCAUCAGAUGUGCUUCUAAGAAAACUGGGGGCAGCUCGAAAAAUUUAGGUGGCCGCAGUCCUGGGAAGCGCUAUGGAUUCAAAAAGGUAGAAGGUGCAUUUGUGCAUGCAGGCAACAUUUUGGCUACACAGAGGUUGAUACGCUGGCAUCCAGGGGCUCACGUGGGGAUGGGCCGUAACAAGACGCUUUAUGCCCUGGAGGACGGGAUCGUGAGAUACACCAAAGAGGUCUACAUACCUCCACCCCGCAGCAGUGAGAGCAGGGAAUUGAUCUGCCGGCUACCCAAAGGAGCAAUUCUCUAUAAAACCUUUAUCAGUGUUAUCCCUACCACAGAAGUAGGAAGCUUUAAACUGGUCACCAUGCUCUGAUCUGCCUGUAUGAUGUAGGGAUGGACAGGAAAGAGCAGCUGGGACAGGCCACUCCAUAUGGACUGUCAGCCAAAGAUGUGAGUAUUCUGGCUCUGGAGAUAGUUUAGGACUUUUGUUGCUCCCAAAGCAUGUGUGGGCAGUGUCCAAGCACUGGAAUCACCUGAUGGCUUUUGUAAGCGUGUGUAAUAAAUGCUGCGGGGGCUACUAAA